CCUCGGUUUAAACUCAGAGCAAAGUAUAUAUAUUUUGAGUUCUUGAAUGCAGGGUUCUUUCAUUAAUUUAUUUUGCAAACAUAAAGACCUGGGAUUUUAUAACAAGAGAAGAUCUUCAACAUGAGAAAUUAACGUCACACCCUGUAGGCCCUAUUUUGAUCGUUUUGGGCUUUAAAAUGUUAUCCAAUGUUGGAGGACGUAUCGGUCGGUGGUUAAAUAUACCAGUUAGCGCCGUAAAAGUGAGCAGCCGACUCCAAUCAACACUAACAGAUAAUGCACCUAUCAUCAACCUAAACAGACCUAUAAUUGGUCAAAUGGAGAAUCUAAUGGAUAUAGGAAGUAGAAGCAUAUUCUCCGAGGAGCAUGAUAUGUUCAGGGAGACGGCCAGGAAGUUCUUUAGGGAGAAGCUUCAGCCCCAUCAUUUCAAAUGGGAGCAAGACGGCAUCGUUCCUCGAGAGAUUUGGAAACUUUUGGGGGAACAUGGGUUCCUUGGCAUUACUUCACCAGAGAAAUACGGCGGGAUUGGUGCUGACUUCCUUUCUACAGUUGUGCUUUGGGAGGAACAAUGGUAUGCACACUGUACAUCGCCAGAUUGCUCAUUGUCUUCUGACUUGGUAUUGCCUUAUAUAUGGUCCUAUGGGACAGAGGAACAGAAAGUGAAUUAUAUCCCCAAAUUUCUGUCAGGUGAUAUUAUUGGUUCUAUUGCAAUGUCUGAACCAGCGGCUGGAAGUGAUUUACAAGGCAUCAGAACCAAUGUUGUAAAGGACGGUGAUGAUUGGGUGAUGAACGGUAGCAAGGUGUUUAUAACUAACGGAAUUGCUGCUGAUCUUGUCAUCGUCGUUGCACUGAUGGAUAAAUCAGUUAAACCAGCAAAGGGUAUGGGACUGUUUCUAGUUGAAGCUGAUACACCAGGAUUUACAAAAGGAAAAAAUCUGAGUAAAAUAGGCUUAAAUGGACAGGACACAGCAGAACUUUUCUUUGAUAACGUCAGGCUGCCUAAAUCUGCCCUUCUCGGAGAAGAAGAGAACAAAGGCUGGCAGAUGUUAAUGGAACAAUUACCAGUUGAGCGGUUGAAGGUCGCAGUGAUGGGCCAGGCCUACUCUAUGUGGAUGUUUGAAGAAACUAGGAAGUACGUGAGAGAGAGAAAGGCAUUUGGAAAAACCUUGGCCAAUUUGCAAACCAUUCAACAUAAGUUGGCUGAAAUGAAGACGGAGCUUUGUAUUGGGCAAGCAUACGUCGACCAAUGUAUUCUGAUGCAUCUAAAAAUGGCAGCUUCAGGAGGGAUCGAUCACCAUCAGGCAUCUAUGGCUAAACUAUGGAUAACGGAGUUACAGAAUAGAGUUGCAACUCAAUGCCUUCAAUUACACGGUGGCUGGGGGUACAUGAAAGAAUAUCCAAUAUCUCGGGCGUUUUGUGAUUCACGUGUUACAACAAUAUAUGCUGGCUCAAAUGAAAUUAUGAGAGAAAUUAUUGCAAAAGAUAUAGUAGCCUAACCAUGGACAAACAAAAAGUCUCAUUACAUAAAGACGUUUCUUUAUCUUAUGAAUGUAACAAAGUCCCCACCUGAUAUUCCACAAAGCAAGAAAAUGUUGUCAACGCUGUGCAUAGUGUGAAUCCUACAGACUUGUAAUGAUGACUGAUAUAUUUUACUUGAUGAAUAGAUGAAUAAAUAUAAGACAGGCACAAAUUCUCUUAGUCGCCCUUGUGAUCCCCCCUCCCUCCUACUACCCGGGCCUACUACAUUACCUCACAAGGAAUCUAAUGUUAAUGUUGCUGUAAGAAAUGUAAGACGGAAGGGUCAAGGGACUUGCAGCAAUACCAGUUUCCUACAGCCUAUUUCCGCAGCACUAAAACGUGAAGCAGCCAAACACCUUGAUUAUCUUCUGACUUCCCAAUGCUUCCCAGCUCAACCUCACAGCAUAGCUGGAAUACAUCGUCCAAGGAGACAACUUAUGUAAAAUAAAUGAUUAUAAAAACUGAACAUAAUCUUUUACAAUCUGUGAAAAGAAUUUAGUUGAGGCAAUGACUGGUUGUUAAUGCACCCAUGACUUGUAUCAUAAUAUCUUAAUUUUAAUUAACUCCCUCAUUCAAAGCCUAGAUACAAGACAGUCGUGAUUAAAAAUACACAAAUAUGUCUAGCCAUGAGUUCAACAGAUCAUUUCCCUAUCCUUGAUAUAGCCAUUGUGUCCUCGAAUAAUACUCUCCGGGGCAGUCAUACGAUAUAUAGUAAAAACAAUCACCACUUUCUAUGAGUCAUUAUGUUACACAGGCGGAUCCAGGGGGGGGCAUGGGGCCCCUCCCUUUUGAGGGCCUAGAAUUUUUUUAGGGCCUCAAAAAUUUUGUAGGGCCUCAAAAUGGGCUUUUGAGGCAUAAUUUGGCAUUUU